AGCGUUCCUACGCUGCAGAGUUCAGACUUUUCUCUCCAGAGGAUCCUUCUCUCAUGGGUCCCAAACCAAAAAAGCCUGCCGGCAAGAAAAAGAUCACCAAAGCUGAGCGACUGCGGCUGCUGCAGGAGGAGGAAGAGAAACGCCUGAAGGAGGAAGAGGAGGCUAGACUGAAAUUGGAAAAAGAAGAACAGGAAAGGCAGGAAAUACAGCGGAUUGAGAGGGAAAAGUGGCAUCGACUGGAAGAGAAAGACCUUGAAAGGAGAAACGAAGAAUUUGAAGAGCUUACUUUGCUAGAGGACUGUUUUCCUGAGGCAGAGAAACUGAAGCGGGAAAGCAGAGCACUGUCCCAGUGGAAGCACUACCUCGAGUGUGAUGGGAGCCCUGACCCUUCGAUUGCUCAGGAGAUGAACACUUUCAUUAGCUUGUGGGAAGAGGAGACAAAUGAGACCUUCGAGCGAGUGAUUGAGAAAAGCAAACUGGUGCUGUCUUUGAUCAAGAAGCUGAAGUUAAUUUUACUGGAGACGCCGUCCUGUGAUCUAGGAGACAGGAUGGUUGCGCAGCAUCAAGGGUCAAUUUUGCGGCUGCAGGAGCUCCUCAGUCAGAAGGUGGACGUGGCCACAGAGCUGCUUCUCCGAGAAGCUAGCACCUUAGCAGAUCUGGACAGUGGGAACAUGGAAAAAAUCAUUCAAGACGAGAAUGUCACCCUGUAUGUGUGGGCAAACCUAAAGAAGAACCCCAGGUAUCGAAGUGUGAAAUUCUCUGGAACACAAAUUGGAUUUGAAAUCCCAAAGAUACUAGCUACAAGUGAUGUCGCCCUUCGGCUCCUACACACACGCUAUGAUCAUGUCACCCCCCUGUUCCCCACCUCCGUCCCUGGGGAAGAGCGCACCCCCAUCGUACAGGAGGAGUUCAGAAAAGAAAAGAGCACAGAGAAGGCCGUCAGCACAGAGAAGGCCGUCAGCACAGAGAAGGCCAUCAGCACAGAGAAGGCCAUCAGCACAGAGAAGGCCGUCAGCACAGAGAAGGAGGCCACCAGCCAAGAUGAGGAGCCAGGGCUGAAACAAGACAGAGAGUUCAGCUUAGUCCCAGAGGAGGGGAUCAUGUCUGAGGCACUAGAGGACAAUGAAGUACAAAGGAUUUCCUACCAGGAGGAUGAAAAUGCCGAAGCUACCAAAUAUGAACUGGAGAUGCGAUUGCUAAGUGAAGCUGUCUCAGCAGCACAGCUGCACCUGGUGGAGAACAUUGUGGAUCUGCCGGAGAUCCAUGAAAACGAGGUGGACUUGUGCCAUUUCUCAACCCUGGGCGGAGUGUACCACCUGGACAUCCUAGCGCUGCCCCCUCAGUGCAAGCCAGUGAAGGGCUGGGUGCUGGUGGAGAUACGCCAAGAAGGAUUACAGAGGUUUACAUAUCCUCCAGAAAACACAGACGAACCCGAUCCAGAAAGUGCCUUUCCACCCAUAGAGGUCACACUGGAGGUCUGCGAGAACGUGAUCUUCUUUGAGGACCCCCAGGUCAUAAGGUGGGAUGCUGAAGGUAAGCUCUGGAGGACAGAUGGCAUCAGCUGUGUUGUUUACCAUCGAGAAGAGAGGCUCAUCACCUUCAAUUUGGAUACUUUGGGCCCCGUCACCUUGAUUCAAGACGCCCAUAUUAACAUGCCUUACCAGUCCUGGGAACUGCGACCCCUCGGUGUGAACAGGGUCCUCAUCACUGUGACCACGCUUUUCACCAAGCUCCAGAUACACAUCAAGGAAAACCUCUGCAUGUUAGCGUCAAUCAAACUGAGAAGCCAGGAGCACCUGUCUCAUUUAGAAGGGAAGUGGAUGAGGCCCGCGCCCUUCAUCAUGGCUUUGAAGGAGGCGGGGCUGAACAUCUUCCCGACUGUGUACUCUCACUUCUAUGUCGUCAUCAACAACAAGGUCCCCAUGGUGGAGGUGAAGGCCUAUCGACAAAUGGCCCUACUGAGCUCUGCUUUCGCAUUCAGAUGGAGCAAGUGGAACAUGAGCUGCAAUUCCUCCAGAGUCGUGUUUAGGAUGAAGGAAGGCCUGGCAGAGGAAGCAGAGGAGCAUCUCUGGGCCCUCCUCAUGUUCAGCGGUGACAGGGCACAGUUGCUGAAGAUCAGGGAAGACAGCGAGGUAUUCUCCGAGGCCCUCAAGGAGGAAACUGAGUUUCACUCUACUUUGUACCACAUGGCGAAGGACUUUGCCUCCCCAGAGGCAAUGGAGAAGGUGAGGCACUCAAAUUGCCAGUUCAUCGACUCCGUGUGCCACAUGCUGCUGUCCACCCGGGUUCUUAGCUUUUCCUAGUCUUCAGGCCCGUGUGA